GCGUGCCCGCGCCCGGGGCUGACUCUCCCUCGCAUCCUCCUCCGGCGGCGACGGCGGCAGCGCCGGGGAUGGGCAGCGAGAGCGCGCCCAGGAGCAGCCCGGGCCCCGCCGCACCCCCCUGCUCCCGCGCCCGCUGCUGCGCCUGCCCCGCCGCCCCCCGCGCCCCAGGGGCAGCGCUGCCACCGCGCUACCCGCAGCCCCCGCCUCGGACGGAACAAAUUAUGACAUCGACAUCUAAAGGAAUUUUCCGGCCAUUUUUUAUUAUCUUCAUUGUCCUUGGUUGUUUCAUGGCAUUGAUACUAAUUUAUAUCAAACCAACAAAUAGCUGGAUCUCUGGUCCCAUAGAAUCAGCCAGUUCAGUUUUGAAAAUGAAGAGCUUUUUUUCUUCCAAAACUGAUAAUCUUAAUGAAACUACUGUUUUGAUCUGGGUUUGGCCAUUUGGUCAAACAUUUGAUCUAACAUCCUGCCAAACAAUGUUCAAUAUCCGUGGGUGCCAUCUGACUAUUGACCGCUCACUAUAUAACAAAUCCCAUGCUGUUCUCAUUCAUCACAGGGAUAUUAGCUGGGAUCUGACUAACUUACCUCAGCAAGCCAGGCCACCAUUCCAGAAGUGGAUCUGGAUGAACUUGGAGUCUCCAACUCACACUCCACAAAAGAGUGGCAUUGAACACCUCUUUAACCUGACCCUGACUUACCGGCGUGAUUCAGAUAUUCAGGUGCCUUAUGGCUUCAUGAUGGUCGGUACAAGUUCCUUUACAUCCGAAGUUCCAAGUAAGGAAAACUUGGUCUGUUGGGUUGUAAGUAACUGGAACCCUGAGCACGCUCGAGUCAAGUAUUACAAUGAGCUUAGCAAAUACAUUGAAAUCCAUACCUACGGACAAGCCUUUGGAGACUAUGUCAAUGAUAAAAACUUGAUUCCAACUAUCUCCACUUGCAAAUUUUACCUUUCCUUUGAAAAUUCAAUCCACAAAGAUUACAUUACUGAGAAACUUUACAAUGCUCUUCUGGCCGGAUCAGUACCAGUUGUACUGGGCCCUUCCAGAGAAAACUAUGAGAAUUACAUUCCAGCAGACUCUUUCAUACAUGUGGAAGAUUUUCUCUCCCCCAGAGAGUUGGCAGAAUACCUUCUGAUGCUUGACAAAAAUAACAAGAUGUAUCUUAGUUAUUUCAACUGGAAGAAGGAUUUCUCAGUGCACCUUCCUAGGUUCUGGGAAUCACACGCAUGUCUUGCUUGUGAUCAUGUGAAAAGACACCAGGAAUACAAGUCCAUUGGAAAUUUAGAAAAAUGGUUUUGGAAUUAAUUUGUGUGUGUAUGUGUGUGCACUUUCUUGAAGAAGCCAGAAGAAACUUCAGCGCAAGUGGAGAAGAGAGGAGAAGAAAAA